GAAGGGGAGGGGCGAGGCCGGAACGGAACGUGGGAAUGUGAAAGCGAAAUCGAUUUCGCGGCCAGCCGAAAGCGAGUCUUCCCCCCCGCGGCCCAGCUCUGCACCCCGGACACCAUGGCCAAAUCCUGCACCGCCAACAUCCGUGUCGCCAAAGAGACGCGCGUGAAGAUGGCUCUCUUUAGAGAAUCACUUUUGAAAGAGGGUGAAGAAUUUCUUUGCACAUUUUUACCUGCAAAGAUAUUUCAGUUGGAUAAGUUUCUUAAGGAAAAUUCACUGAACCUUCAAGAUUUGACCACUCUGAAAGCUCCUUUGGAUAUCCCUAUUCCAGACCCCCCACCCAAAGAAGACGAGAUGGAUACAGAAAAGGAGGAAAAGGAAG